AUAGAAUUCUUUAUUGGCCAAGUGUGAUUGGAAACACAAAGAAUUUGUCUUGGUGCAUAGGUUCCCCCCAUACGAUUGUCAAUCUAACUCCAAUAACUCAUGUAUUUAGACAAAAGACCCCAAAAAUAAAUCUAUAACUAAAGAAGAUCAUAUCUUUUCUUUAGGGUAGUUUACUCAGUAGAUAUAAUUGAACGGUAGGCUUAGUUACUUAGGUGAUCUCUUAUUAGCGGAUGGUAAAACAAUACAUCUAAUUGUAUUGCAAUACAGCUAAUUGUACAGCAGCUGCCAAAAAAGCCAACACGGUUCUAGGCUGAAUAGAAUAGAAUAGAAUAGAAUAGAAUUUUUUAUUGGCCACGUGUGAUUGGACACACAAGGAAUUUGUCUUGGUGCAUAUGCUCUCAGUGUACAUAAAAGAAAAGAUAUCUUCUUACAACACUUAAUAGUCAUAGGGUACAAAUGUAACACUUAAUGAUACAACACGUAAUGAUAGUCAUAGGCUACAAAUAAGCAAUCAGGAAACAUCAUCAGUAUAAAUCGUAAGGAUACAAGCAGCGAAAUUACAGUCAUAAGUGGAAGGAGAUGGGUGAUUUUAUGACAGAUACAAGUGUAAACAUAAUUUAUAAACACAUGGAAAGGGUAUGAAUAAAAGAAAACAUUAGGCCAGGGACGCUGGUGCCCUUAUGCAUGCCCCUUACCCUUCACUAUUUCGAAUAAAAAGGGAGAAGAGCGGAGUCCUCUCCCCCCCCCCCCCACGAGAAAAUCCGACACGAAACAACCCAGGCCGUUUGCUAAAUGAAGGAAGUUCGCAGCUGCCCGUACACGUGUGUCUCUCCUGUCGACCCCGGAAGCAUUCGCCCUGCCCGGCUGCUUUUCGCUGCCAAUUGCUGCCAAAGGGGGCGAAGGGAUCGCCCUCUCCCCGUGUCAAUGUUCUUCUCUCCCGCUUUGCUCGCGAGUUUCUUGCCCGUCCUGUUGUCUCCCUGGGCGGUGACCCGGAGCCGUUCGGAGCGCCCCGCUUUCAGGAAAGAUGAAAAUACAGUACAGCUGCCUGGUGGAAAAUUGGAAAUUAGAACCAACAUAUUGGAUGGUAAAAAUGAAGACAGAUCCUUCAGGACAAUCAAACCAUUCAUUAUGGACAAGUAUCCGGUCACCAACAAAGACUUCAGGGAAUUCGUGAAGGACCAGAAAUACAAAACAGAAGCUGAGAAAUUUGACUGGAGUUUUGUCUUUGAGAAUUUUGUCCCGGAAGAGCUUAAAAAGAAAGUGACGCAAAAACUAGAGUCUGCACCAUGGUGGCUUCCGAUUGAGAAAGCAUUUUGGAGACAGCCUUCAGGUCCUGGAUCCAGCAUCAAAGACAGGCUAGAUUACCCAGUGUUGCAUGUGAGCUGGAAUGAUGCUCAGGCUUUUUGCAAAUGGAAAGGGAAGAGGCUACCAACAGAAGAGGAGUGGGAGUUUGCUGCUAGGGGAGGCCUGGAGAGUACAUUGUAUCCUUGGGGAAACAAAUUCUUAGCCAACCGCACAAACCUCUGGCAGGGCAACUUCCCCAAAGUUGACACAGCUGAAGAUGGCUUCCGUGGAGCAUCCCCAGUGGCAGCGUUCCCUCCUCAGAAUAACUAUGGCUUAUACGAUUUGCUAGGGAAUACUUGGGAAUGGACAUCUUCAGAAUAUCAUCCAAAUGGUCCUGCAUCCCGCCAGCCUGGUCAAAAGAUGCGUGUCCUGCGAGGAGCAUCCUGGAUUGAUACAGUGGAUGGUUCUGCCAAUCACAAAGCUCAGGUUACAACCAGGAUGGGGAACACUCCCGAUUCUUCUUCAGACAACUUGAGCUUUCGAUGUGCCACCAGCCUCGUCAAGCAGCCAGCGCAGGAAGCUUCUGGAAAAAAGGCUGAACUCUGAAGCCAACAUUAAACUCUUCUAAAAAGACCCAGAUCUUUUCUCCUAUGGAGAUGGGUCAGCCUGCAUUUUUGUUGGUCAGACUUUGGAUAUUUUUUGAAUGCUUUUGAUAAAGGGCAAUGUUAAUUCUUGAAAGCUAAAAAUGAACAAAACCUUUCUACUGGUUGUAAUUAUAAUACAGAUACACAUUGUUUGAUAUUUGUAGAUUACUAGUUUCAUUCUGGAACAAUCCUGUGCAGGAAACCAUUGUGCUACCUAAAGUGAGAUUGGCUGGGCUCAUUCAUUUCUCUAAGCCAGAGGUCUAAAACUUGAUUUCAUUGAGGGCCGCAUCAGGGUUGUGUUUUGACCUCAGGGGGCUGGAGUGGGUGUGGCCAGGGUGGGUGUGGCCAGCUUGACAACCCUUGUGUCGGGGACGCUUGUGGUGGCCCGAGUGCUCUGGCACAGAUAAUGGGCUCCUGGCAGCCUCCUGUAACCCUCUGCAAGCAAAAAUGGAGCUCAUAGCAUUCCCGAGCUCAGUUUUCGCUGGCAGAGCACUGCGGGCCACUUCUUCGUUGCUUCCAGGGCGGCCCCGCUCUAAGCCAUGUACAGUAUUUGUUUUUGGUUUAGCAUUUUGAAUAAACCUAUCUGUUAAGAUUUGCAAGCUA